AAAAAUAUAUAUAAGGAAAAACACAACUGACAAAUCGUUCUUUCAUAAUGGCGGGUUUGAAGGUCACCAACAAGCCAGGACGAAAGAACAAUAAAUAUACUUGCCAGAACGGCAAAGGUGUACCAGAACGACAAUUAUGACAUUUGUCGGCUUCGUUUGAAUCGAUAAGUGUGUUUCUUUAAAAUUAUGGAGAUCCGGAUUUAAACGGUGGAGCAAUCAAUCAGAUUACUCUACUAAACAACAGCCAAAUACAAGAUGGGUUCGAGUUUCUCUUUGGAAAAAUCGAUGAAACCGAUCCAGAGACCCAAUGCCCACUCUCACCACACACCAUUUCGAGUCGCCCCCGGAACGGUAAAUACUGGUAACGUACAGAUGCCCUGUACAUGUAACCCUGGUACAUCUUACCAACAACCGCUCCCCGCACAGGUUAUGCAGCCGCCCCCUUACAUGACACAGUCGGUUGCGGUCGCUGGUAAUGGUUUCCCAGUACCACUUCAACAGACACAUGGCUUUGUGAUGCAACAUCCGGGAUACGGAAUGCGGCAGCCAGUCUUUGUGAUGCAGCAGCCGGAAUAUAGGCUGCAACAGCCGAGCUUUGGGGUACAACAGCCUUUUUAUGGCAAACAGCAGCAUACCUAUGACAUGCACCAGCCUGGUCCUGCGACAAAUCUUGGAUACUCAGGCGCCAGAACAAUGGACCCCCCUCCGCCAUACACAGAGAACUCUGAACCAAUGGUAGGUGCCAAGCAGAACGAGGCCGUUGUAUAUCGUGUCCCAGUGACCGAGGUAUCACCCAACGUCGAAACAGAUAAAGAGGAAAUCUCGUCGGUAUUUUCACCUGCACACGAAACAAAUCCGGCGGUCAAUCAAAACAAUGAACAAUUUCAAAUCACGGAGCAUGGUGCAGGCGACGCUUCAAACCAAGAAGAAUUACUGCUUGUGUAGAUUAAGCCCUGGUAACUUGAUGCAAGGUUCAAAAUGAUUAUAUGUUUUACUGUCUUUUUCUCGGAUAUAUGUCGGAUAACAAAUCCUAUCACAAUUUGUAAUACAUAUAGUGGUUUUAAUAUGCUGUGUGGAAGGCUUAGUGCAUCACAAAAUAAAAGAUCGGAUAAUGCAUUAACAUAAAAUUUCCAUUGUGUAGGCAUUCAAACAUGACAUUUAUUUUGUAGCAAAGUGAUUCAAUUGGCUAAUAUUAUGUAAUUGUAUUUUUUUUAUUUCGAUACAAUUGUUACCUCGAAACUGUAUAAUGAGGUUCUGACGUCCAAGCCUCAGUUUAUUUUCUUUGUAAUAUGUGUUAAAUAGUAUUUAUUAUUAUGUUGUUAAGUUUGGUAUUAAUUUAAUUUUUUAUUAUAUUAUGCCAUGAAAAUAUAAUUCAGAAUAUAUUAUGGACGUUAUAAAA